GCUCGGGCUCGCAGCUCCGCGGAGCGCACGGCCGGCGGAGCGGUAGCCAGCCCGCGCCGGGCCCGCUCUCCCCGGCCCCCGCGGCGCCUGCACGCCCCGAGCCUCGCCCCUCCGGUUCGUGGCCCCGAGGACGACGCGGCGGCGUCCCCCGAACUUCAUCUCCCGACUGGGAGAGGACCGCGCGCGGGCGAGCGAUGGACCCCGUGAGUCAGCUGGCCUCUGCGGGCACGUUCCGGGCGCUGAAGGAGCCCCUUGCCUUCCUGCGAGCCCUGGAGCUGCUUUUUGCGAUCUUUGCGUUUGCAACAUGCGGUGGCUAUUCCGGAGGCCUGCGGCUGAGUGUGGACUGUGUCAACAAGACGGAAAGUAACCUCAGCAUUGACAUAGCAUUUGCCUACCCAUUCAGGUUACACCAGGUGACGUUUGAGGUGCCCACCUGCGAAGGGAAGGAGCGGCAGAAGCUGGCACUGACUGGUGACUCCUCAUCUUCCGCUGAGUUCUUCGUCACGGUCGCUGUCUUCGCCUUCCUCUACUCCCUGGCUGCCACCGUCGUUUACAUUUUCUUCCAGAACAAGUACCGAGAGAACAACCGGGGCCCGCUCAUUGACUUCAUCAUCACGGUAGUCUUUUCAUUCUUGUGGUUGGUGGGUUCAUCAGCUUGGGCGAAAGGACUGUCUGAUGUCAAGGUCGCGACGGAUCCUAAGGAAGUAUUGUUGCUGAUGUCAGCUUGCAAACAGCCGUCCAACAAAUGCAUGGCUGUCCACAGCCCUGUAAUGUCCAGCUUAAACACUUCCGUGGUCUUUGGGUUUCUGAACUUUAUCCUCUGGGCUGGAAACAUCUGGUUUGUUUUCAAGGAGACCGGCUGGCAUUCCUCGGGACAGAGAUACCUUUCAGACCCGAUGGAAAAGCACUCGAGCAGCUAUAACCAAGGCGGGUACAACCAAGACAGCUAUGGGUCAAGCGGUGGGUACAGCCAGCAGGCGAGCAUGGGGCCGUCCUCAGAUGAGUUUGGCCAACAGUCCAGUGCCCCCGCCUCUUUUACCAAUCAGAUUUAACCAGUAGUCUCUGCACUCUUCUGGAGGUAGCCUCCCCACCUUCCAUUUUAGUAGCAGAAGAGUUUUUUAAGAGUUUCCAUCAAUUAUUAACGUAGAGGGUGUUGAAUGUAAAUCAGAGAUCUGGAGUCCUCAUUAAGGCAGAAAGGCCUGGGUCGUGAUAAAUGGUACUUAGAGAGGAGAUGACAUGAGGAGAUACAUUAUUCAUCAUAGAUGCCUAAUUGGAGAGUACCUUGUUAUAUACACAGAUACUUGGAUGGUCGCUUUGUAGGUGUGUGGAGAUAAUAAAAGCAUUUAGUGGCUUAAAGUCUCUAGUAUGUAAUAGGCAGAAAAUAAAUUCUAUAGCACUGAGUUUUCCUCUGUGUUUUGAUGCGAAAGACAUUUUAAUGAUUUCUAUAAGACAAUUUGGUGUAUCACACACAUGCAUGUAUUAUUGUGUUUAGUUACAGACACUAGGACUGUGAGUCCCUUAAGUAUUUGUUUCAGACAGUUACUCUGUUUUUUUUUUAUUUGAUGAAUCAAUCAGUGCUCAUAUGAUUUAGUGCAUGAAUAAGCAUUUUCUCACAAAAUGUAUUUAUGAAAAAUUUCCAGUUUGCACCAUGAAUUUGUUAAAUGGACGUUUAAAGAAAUAUGUUCAUUACUUUGUAUACUCGCAAAUCUGUCUCUUUGGCUUUACCUAACUCUGACUGCACCGUAACUAAGGUUUGGGACUUUUUUCCCUGUUAGUCAAUAUUCAGUGUUAUAUAUGGUAACUGCCCAAUAUUUAUUCUAUUUGCUUACCUAAAUAUUUACAUUCUUGUAACUUUCUAUGAUGUUUUUGUGGCUCUUAUCCUGUGUACCAUGAACAAUAGGCCCAAUAACUGUUUGUGUUUAGGGGGUGUUGUUUUCUUAGAAUAAUAAGAUGCAGAUAUCAGACACCGUAGUCAAGAGCUUUUGUGCUGAUGUAUUAAUUUAUACUUGAUCCUAGCCAAAAGGCCGAGAAUUGAUAACUGAUGUAUUAAUUUAUAAAGGAUGCUCUGUAGAACCUAUACUACCAGCCAAACUUUUAAAUCCUAUUUGUGAAGUUAAUAUGUUCCUUGAUCCAAUUAUUAAAAUUUCUCAAGUCACAGCUUAACUUACUAAUUACUAAUUCCAAUUUGAGUGUUACCCAUAAAUUAGAAAUGACUUCCAUGAGCAACUCUGAUCCCAGAGAGGGUUCUCAUGAAAUAUUCCUCAGAAUUUAUUCAUUAUCAAGAAAAUGCCAAUCUUCCUCCUCUGUUUUGACUCACUUGAAACAUCAAGGCCCAACAGUGAGAGCAAACUGUGCAUCCGUAUUUCCAGAUAAAAGUUGUAAUCAAUGUAUGACUUCUGUGUGAUCUGUGAUUUUGGAAGCAUUUUAGCACAAAACAGCUGUGGUUCUUAGAUGAUAUCUGUAACCAGUUUCUGGAUCCUGCGGGAUAAAUACUGUAUUGUGUUAUCUAUUUGAUCUUAAUAAAGUUAUUGCUUACAGUG